CCUAAUCAUCAAACUUUUUUUUUAAAAAGAACACAUAUAUUAUAUAAUAAGAUGAUGAUAGUUGAUAAACAUUUAGAAACGAAAUCAGAAUUCAAGUAUUGGUUUCCAGUUAUUCGUCGAUUCAGUCCCGAUGAUCCCUUUUUCGCUUCUGGGAAUAUUGAACGUGAACUUCUUGCCAAACAGGUUGCAUUGGAUUUAAAUGAAGAGGAAAAACAACAGCUUAUAUAUUUGGAACAAGAUGAGAACAGGCAAGUAUUCUGUCCAAUUGUUGGGUGUGGAGCACACUUGAAAUCAUUGGCCGAGUUUGAAGAUCAUUACAAUGCACGUCAUACUGCCUCUUGCUCUGUUUGCUCUAGAGUGUAUCCUACGUGUCGCCUGCUUGGCAUACACGUCGCUGAAGCACACGAUUCCUUCUUUCAAGCCAAAGUUGCACGAGGUUAUCCUAUGUAUGAAUGCCUUGUUGAAGGGUGUGGUCUAAAGCUCAAAAGUUACAAGAGUCGGCAUCAACAUCUAAUGGACAAGCAUAACUUUCCGUCUUCAUUUGAGUUCUUUAAAAAGUCCCUACCGUCAAAAAAAGAGAGGGUAAAGAAAAACCAACGUAAACAACGGCACACGAAACAUACCAGAUAUCAGGGGGAUGGAUCAAGUGCAAUGCAAGUAGAAGAAGAGACUCCUCAAAAAGAGAGGGUGAAGGAAUAUCAGUGUGAAGAACGCCAAAUGGCACUUAUCACAGAUGAUGAAGGAUCAACUGCGAUGCAAAUAGAAGAAGAGACUCUUAAUGGCCUCGUUUCAUCUGUCUCCAGGUUGACUACUUCGGAUUCCACUCCUGCUGCUAUCAGUUUUGGUCGUCACCAUACUCGGGGCUUGACAUUUGUCCCUAGAUCUGUUCUGCGUGAAACAAAGAAAUGAAGUUUAGUAAGGGCCUGUAGUCAAAUUACAACUUUAAGAGAGUGUUCAGCUUACAGAGUUUUGGGGAUGGAAUGGAAAUCAAUGUGGUAUAUUUGUAACAGGUUGAUUUCCUUGCGAAACCUUGAAUUUACAUAUCUUGCUUGUUUUGUUUCUAA